AUGAAGCCCUUGCGUCCGCUGUGGGUGGCCCCAGGAAGGCCAAUUUGGGAGCACGGCGUGCCAAUAGAGCAACUAGACUUCACGCCUAUAGUUUGCGUGUCUGCUAGCACUGCAGUUCCGCUAGGGAAUCGGGCUUUCGUUGAGGCAAGAGUACAAGAGGAAGUGGUAUGCGGGGUCAAGUUCCCGAGGAGAUCUGCAGGGUUCGCUUACGUGCAAGGGGCCGGAGAUGACGAAGAGGGUUGGUGUCAAGGUUUGACACCAGAGUCAUUUUGGGCAUUCAGAGAGGAACUUCUUGCUCUUGCUACUGGAGAUAGCUCAUCCGCAGGCGCGGCUGAUGUAGAAGCAAAGCUCGAAAUUAUGGUUGAGAAGAUUUUGCGUCAGGACCUCCCGUCCUCUGUAGGCAUGGAAGUGUCCGAACAUGGAGCAAUUGGUAUCCCAAUCUGGAAAAGUCGCAGUGUGCUGGAAAGUCCCGACGACCGAUUUGCAAAAGUUUAUUACGGCCGUAGGGGCGCACUUCGAUACAGUACUUAUUCUCGGCGUACCACCACCACCGGUAGAAGCGAAGACGGCUGGGUGCGAGGACCAACCCAGUGGAACAGGGCAAAACAUAACCUGGGUGCCACUAUCUGGCAAGAAUGGGAAAUUGGAAUACAAAUACGCUUUCGGACGAGCUCUAGGGCCAUGUCUCUCGCGCUUGCGGGCCUGCUGCGUAGAUAG